AUGGCUAGCACUGCCACCCCGUCGCCGGAUAGCAUCUCCGACAGCGAGUUUCAAGAUCUGCUCAGGAGAUAUCCAGCCUGCCUCGCGGCGAUAUCCGAGUCCAAAGGAGCCAAGCCUGGCCAGAAGACGCUGGCCAGCCUGGAUAAAUAUCGGUAUGAAACGGCUCCGGCCAGGUUCGGUCCCGGGAACCCGGACGUGUCCAUGGGUCUCGACGAUGUCAAAGCCCUUGUCGAGUGGAAGUUGCGGCAUGGAAAGUUCAGGCCCACGUUGAUGAAACUCGUAUCGUCCAAUGAUGCCCGUUCGGUCCAGGAAAUUAUCCACAAGGCCGUGAAGCAUUACCGGGAAAAGUCUGACUCAGCCGGCGCGCUCGAUAUUCUAACCCAGCUGAAAGGCAUCGGCCCGGCCACCGCAUCUUUGCUGCUCGCAGUCCAUGAUCCCGAACGCAUCAUAUUCUUUUCCGAUGAGGCCUUCUACUGGCUCUGCUGCCAGGGGUCAAAAUCGCCUAUCAAGUACAGCCAGAAGGAGUACGCAGAGUUGAGUGAGCGUGCUCAAGCACUGGCCAAGCGGCUUGGUGUGCACGCGGUCGACGUCGAGCGGGUUGCCUAUGUCUUGAUGAGGGAACCGGCUGAGCACAUGUCGACAACCGCGGCCAAGCCGCCAACCGGAUCGCCGGCCGUGGCCACGGGUAAGGUUAAGACGCAGCCGGGGGGAAAGAGGAAGGCUUCGGGUGAUGAUUCCGCUGUUGAAACGCCUUCCCAUCGCAGAAGGAAACGGCCUCUUCCGAUCUCGCCGUGUGUUUUGGACCGCAUGUCCCGAACAAAAAGGGGUGAGAUGCAAUCGUUUGCCGGCCCUGGACCGAUUCAGCUCACACCGAGGUUCACUGCUCUCAAGGAGAGUCUCACAUCCGGAAACGAAACGGCACUCAACUCCUCUUGGCAACGGCUCCUGCGAGAUCUCCCUCUCGAGAUCGAUUCGGUGUCGUCGUUGGGAUCCCGAGCCAUACCCGCCAUCAACUUCCUAGACUCAGCGAAUCCCCAGCAAGCGGAGAGGUUUCUGCAAGAUCUUCGAAAGAGAGGGGUGGGCAUCAUUCGAAGCGUGGUCCCAAGGGAGACCGCACUUGCUUGGGGCCAAGAGACAGAACAAUACAUCACGCAAAAUGCACAAAUGAGGCCGGCCUCCCCGAGGCACUCGAGACCGUUGGACGUGUAUUGGAGCGCUUCUCAGGUCAAGGCCCGAGCUCAUCCAAACCUGCUUGCAGCACAGAAGUUUGUGAUGAGCAUAUGGAAGUCGAAACAUCCGAACGCCCGGGUCACCACCAAUUUCCCAGUCACGUAUGCGGAUCGCAUGACAACGCGUAGAGGAACCGAGGGGGGAGGUACCCCUUACGCACAUGUUGACGGUGGGAGUGUCGAGCGGUGGGAGCCUGACGGGUACGGUCGGGCUGGCACGUACAAGGAGAUAUUCGAAGGUCGGUGGGAAGACUACGAUCCGUGGGAGAGCAGCACCCGCCUCGCCGUGACAAGUGACCUCUACCGCAAGGCCGGCGCCUGUUCUAUUUUCCGCAUGUUCCAAGGCUGGCUGGCGCUCAGCACGAUUCCCCCCGGCCCGGGCUCCGUCCGGGUCUGUCCUCUCCCGCGCCACGCCACUGCCUACUUCCUCCUCCGGCCGUUCUUUUCCCCAUCCUCGUCUCCUACCUCAACAACAACACCCACGGCAUCCCCUUGUUUGGACCGCACCACCACCGCCCACAACGAAGAAUGGGUCUUGACCCGGCCCCAGAACAGCAUCCUCCACGGCGCCGUCCCGAGCUACGCACAAGAGCUCAACCCCGCCCUCCACCCGCAUCUCGAGCUCCAGCGUAGCCUGGUGCCCGUCCCGCAGCUCGAACCAGGCGACUACCUGGUCUGGCACCCGGACCUGGUCCACUCCACCUCCCCGACCCUCGACGCGGGCAACGCCACCACCACCACUACCACCACGACCCCCACCACGGGCGACACCAGCAUGGACGCCGCCGCCGGCGGGUUCUCGUACAUGUACCUUCCCGCGUGCCCGCUGACGCAGACGAACGCGCUCUACCUGGCGCGACAGCGCAAGGCCUUCCUGCUGGGCCAGCCCGGCCCCGACUUCGGCGGCGGCCGCGGGGAGAGCGAGCACGAGGGCCGGCCGGGCGUGCAGGACGUCAACGACGCGGGCGGCGACGACGGGCUGCGCGCCAUGGGCCUGCUGCCGUGGGACGAGGAGGAGGCGGACACAGACGAGGAGAGGGAGGUGUUGGCGAUGGCGAACGGGAUCUUGUUUCCGGAUUUGUACGAUUGGUUGUGA